AUGUCCAAUCCCAUAUCCCGGACCAUCCUAACCUUCCAACACAAUGCGAAGCUCUACACGUUCACCACCUCUGUCCUGGCCGUGGCGCCCUUCGCCUCCCUCGCCGAAGCAAACCGCCAACUCUUCAAGACUGCCACGGACGAUGACUCGGUCGUCGUGACGAAAGAAACCAUCUUCCACCCCCAAGGCGGUGGCCAACCUUCAGACGUCGGCACCAUGUGCUCCUCCAACCCCAGCCCCGGCGACACGGCCUUCAAUGUAUCCGCCGUACGCAUGGACGCCGUCAACGACGGCCAAGUCCUCCAUCUCGGCCGUUUUGCAGAUGCAGCUCAAAGGUUCACACCGGGCGAAACCGUCACGCAGGCCGUGGACGUCAACACCCGCCUGCUCUACUCCCGCCUGCACACGGCAGGGCACGUCCUCGGGGCCGCCGUCCGACAUUUACUCGAGGCCCAGAUCCCGGGCUUUGACGAGCUUAAGGCCUCGCACUUCCCUGACUCUGCGGCCUGUGAGUUUCGUGGCCUCAUUGACGGCAAGCACAAGGAAUCCAUCCAGGCAAAAGUCGACGCCUACGUGACUCGGGCCAUGCCAGUCGAAAUCGAUUGGUGGACAGAAGAUGAUUUUCGGGCUAAUGGGCUCGAAAGGCUUAUUCCGAGCCCCGAAAACGGCGGCUUCGGUGUAAGGUUGCCGGCAGGAGAGAAGUAUCGCGUCGUCAAGAUCGUGGGAGCGGAGGUGCAUCCCUGUGGUGGGACACAUGUGGAGAGCACGGAUUUGUGUGGGAAGGUGGGCGUGAGGAAGAUUAGUAGGAAUAGGGGGACAAGUCGGGUUUCGUAUAGUCUAUCCUGA